AGGAGGAGGAGGAGAAAGUGAAAGGGGAGGAGUGGAAGAGAAAUCCCGUUUGGCUGGAGAGAGGAGCAGAAGAGAUUUAGCUUGUUUGGGUCCACAAUGUAGCGAACGAUCGUGGAAAGCAGAGAGAGAGAAAGAAAGAGAGAGAGGGGGGUUUUAGUGUUGGAGCGUGCAUUGAAAUCACGUCUGGGAGUGCAAGUGUGGACGAGGAAAAAGUGAAAGUGUGGCGGAAGUGUACUUUCUCCUCUUCUUUGGCUUCCCCUGUGCACCCCCGCCCUACAUUCCGUGGAGUGGUUUAACGCUCCUUCUCUCCCGUGGAGGAGAACAAGUAGGAAGACGGAAAAGUAGUUCAAAGGCGUGGAUACCACUCGUCCUCGUCCUUCUGGACCUUUGUCCUCUCCCCCUUCCUGGCCCUGCAUGGACGGGGAUGGGGAGAGCCGGAUGCUGUUGCAGCGGGGCUGAGCGCCUCGCCUCCCUGUCUCUGGCGCGCCGCUUCCGCCCACUGCUGCUGCUGAUCAUCGUUCUGACCUCCGCCGGCCGUAUAGGUCAGUGUCAGGUGAUCACUCCUCAGUGUCGCAUUCAAAAGUGCACCACUGACUUUGUCUCUCUCACCUCCCACCUCACGCCAACCGUGGAUGGCUUUCACGUUGAAUUUUGCAAAGCAUUGCGUUCGUACUCGGCUUGCACGCAGAGGACAGCCAAGUCCUGCAGGGGCAAUCUGGUCUUCCACUCGGCUGUGCUGGGCAUCUCAGACCUCAUGAGCCAGAGGAACUGCUCCAGAGACGGCCCUACGUCUUCAACGCACCCCGAGGUUCACCAUGAGCCAUGCAACUACUACAGUCGCACCCAGCACGCACAUGCACACGCCCAUGCACACUCACACAGCCACAAUCACCCACGGCCCGGAUUCCUGUUCUGCGGCCUGUUCGGGGACCCCCACUUAAGAACGUUCAAGGACAGCUUCCAGACUUGCAAGGUGGAGGGUGCGUGGCCUCUCAUCGAUAAUGCCUAUCUGUCGGUUCAGGUCACCAACGUUCCAGUGGUCAUGGGCUCCAGUGCCACUGCAACGAACAAGAUCACAGUUAUCUUCAAGCCGUACGAGGGUUGCACAGACCAGAGGGUGUACCAGGCCGUAACAGACAACAUCCCCGCUGCCUUUGACGACGGCACAGUGAGCAGCGGAGACCCCAUCCAUAUCUCCACGGGGGCAGACGGCGCCACCGGAAAAGUGAGGGCCCUUUGGAUCUCAGAGCGCAGCCCGGGACACCACGUGGAGCUGCACGCGGGCUACAUCGGGGUCACAGUGAUCGUCCGACAGCUGGGGCGCUAUCUGACCCUGGCGGUGCGAAUCCCAGAGGAGAUGGCUCAGGCCUACGAUGCCACACAGGACCUGCAGCUGUGUCUGAACGGCUGCCCCAGAGGAGAGCGCAUCGACCAGGGUGGCCAUCUGCCCCUGUAUCCCCCUUCAGUUGGCCUCCAGCUCCAGCUCCUGCAUGGGCCCAGAUACUCCUCCCAGGUACAGUUAUCCUCGCACGGUGGGAGGCAGGUCUUCACCAUGGAGGGCGCUAAGGAUCGCUGUCGGGAGCAGCUGGAGGUGCAGGACAUUUACUUCCACUCCUGCGUGUUUGACCUCCUCACCACAGGGGACGCUAACUUUACAGUGGCAGCGUACAGUGCCCAGAAGGACAUGGAAAGUCUUCACCCCCACAGGGACAGGUGGAGGAUCUACCCCAGAGGUUCUGCCACCUCCACCUUGCACCCCCAUUGUCAACUUUUGCAUCUCUUCACUUUGGUCCUGCUGUGUGCUCUCAGCUUUGUGUAAGAGUUUUUGCCUGCAUAUACCUGUACAGGAUGUGCACUAGAGAGUUUUUGGUUGAGCACUGAUGUUGAAUACCGAUUCCUCUCUCAGCAGGAAGUCAGACAGUUACUGCGACUCCAAUAACAACACUUUCUUCAUCUUUGGAUCAGAUGCCAAUGACAAUGACUUAAAUGUUGCUGUGUAGGUGAUAAAUGGGUUUACUCCCCAUAUGUAAAUACUUUAGUGUCUUCCUAGCAUAGAGUUUGUUUUAUUGUGUCAUUUGAUGUGAGUUUUCAUUAAUACCUCAGACAGAGGAUGUUUGUAUUGAUAGAAGCACUUUAUUUUGAUUUUUUGUUCCCUUUGAAUCCACAUCAGUGUUUCUUCAACCUUUUCAGUGACUUAUAUUCUCAGUGUUUUUUUGUGAAGUAUAGCUUCUGAGUCAGUUCAUGUGAGUUGUUCUCUUCUGAAUGUACUGACAUUUGUAUGGACACGUUUUCUUCUUCAGUCCCGAUUUCAACAUGCGUGCACAUGUGUCAGUGUUGCUGACUGGAUGUGUUUGUAGUUCCUCUGGGAGUCAUAUGAGAGUUGCCACCUCCUUGCCAAUAGGCUGCAAGUAUAUGGGCUCAUAUUUGUUGCUCACUGAAGUCUAGCUUAUUUUGAGCCAAAGACAGACGGGGGGAGCUUUAUAAGAGGGCCAUUUUAUGUGAAAAGGACAAUACUAUCAUCAAACCAGCACCUUCCCCCUCUCCUCCCCCGUUUUUAAAUGUGCUACUGUAAAUGAACAAAGCUGAAUCUUGCCGUAAAGUACGAAACACUCAAUGAAUCUUUGCAAAUUGCUGAAAGCAUUUCACCACAGCGUCCACUGUGCAAAAUGUUUGCAUUUUUAUAUCUGAUAAAAAUGUGUCAACUUUGGACAAUGAGCCAUUAUGUCAUCUAAAAUUAUUCCGCUUGUUAGCCAUAAGCUUUAUCCCGUUUUGUUAAUGUGAUUGCUCAUGUCACGUGUGAAUGUUUUGUGAAGAGCGGCCGUUCAUUGAUGACAUACUUAACUUAUUUAUGAACUGUAGAUUCGUGUAUAGAAGCUCCAUACUUUCGCUGUGUGAAGUAUUAUUUAAAAGUUGUACGUUGUGAUUGUACUGCCACCCAGUGGUGCUAUGUUGCUAUCUCAGUGUGUUGUUCAAGGCACUUAAAACGUGGAGGAAAAAAAUGUGUGCAAGGGUUUUAUUUCAACAAACAAUAAAGUCAA